CCGGGAGCGCGGGGCGGGCGGGGGGCGGCUCAGUCUGCUGCGUCGGCUCGGCCUCGCAGCAGCGGGGAGCGGGAGCUGCGCGCCGCCGGCCUCUCCUCAGCGCUCCGGCCCCUCUGCGCGCGGCGCCAUGGUCUCCCUGCUCUGCUGCGGGCCCAAGCUGGCCGCCUGCGGCAUCGUCCUCAGCGCCUGGGGCGUCAUCAUGCUGGUGCUGCUGGGCAUCUUCUUCAACGUGCACUCGGCCGUGCUCAUCGAGGACGUGCCCUUCACCGACGACGACUUCAAGGACGGCCCGGAGAAGAUCUACCGCCUGUACGAGCAGGUCAGCUACAACUGCUUCAUCGCCGCCGGCCUCUACGUGCUGCUCGGCGGCUUCUCCUUCUGCCAGGUCCGGCUCAACAAGCGCAAGGAGUACAUGGUCCGCUAGACGGGGGGGCCACCGUCCCCCCCCCUUAUUUAUUACCCCCUGGGGGCCUGUCACACCCCCCAGGGCCUGCCACACCCUCCUGUUUCCCAACCCCCCUUCCCCCCCCCCCCCCCCCCCAAACCAUGCUGUUUUCCCCAAAUUCUCUUUUUUUCCCCCCCGGACCCCCAUCACAACGUUUUCCUUUUGGAUUUUGGGGAGGGGGUGCAGGCUGGGAGCUGCCCUCCCCCCUCUUUAUGGACCAAUUUCUCUAAUAAAGCGCGUUGACGCCCAA